AUGCAGCCGGCUCUCCUCCCCGUGCCCUCGCAGGCGGGUUUCCCGCUGCUGCCUCAGCCGCGCGCUCUCGUAGCAGCCGCUGCCGCGCCGUUCCCCCUCGACGCCGGUCAAUCGCGGUCACUUGGACCUCCUCCUCCGCUGCCGUGGCAUCUUCCGCCUCAGCCUCUCCCUGUUCGGUCGUUUCGCGGGGUCCUCCCGCGUCGUCCCUCGCUCCCGAUGACGGGCUGUCGCCGGCCGCCUCAGCGUGAUGUGAUUGUGGCGGCGGGGUCUCCUGCUGCGCCCACCCCACUAGGGGCCCCGAGGGGGCAGUCCUUUCGUCGUCGCCGUCCUCCUCGCCCGCCGCCCUCUGGCCAGGCUCGUCCUCGACCGCAGCUUCACGCUCUCGCCGCACAGUCCCAGCUGCUGCAGCUCCCUCCGACCCGGUCCGAGACCACGUCGUCACUCCGAUCUGCUUCGGUGGCUUCGGCGCAGUUCGCGCUGCUGAUCCUUCCCUCGUGGCCGCCGCCGUCAGCGCCUAAGUUGGCGCCGCCUCCGCGGGCGCGGCCCCUUGUCCCCGCACACCAGCAGUCUCAGCCGACCCCUGCACCUCCCGUUGUUAACGAAGACGAGGUGUCUGGCACUCCUCGUGACCCUGAUGUGGAUUGGUGGGGGGUGUUGUGGCCCCACGUGCCGCGCGAGGGGAACUGGGGCACUCCUCCCCCGAGCCCUCCUUGGGGGGAGCCCCGGCCUGGGGAUGGGGCUUACCAGUCCCGCGGGAUGCGGUUGUCGGAGGUUGGCCGGUGCGUGACGGAGUUAUCUUUCGUGCUUGACCUCCUGCAUUAUGCCCUUCAGUCGCGGGAGGUUGUGGCCCGGGAUCCGCAGCUGAGCGAGGACCAGCAGAGGCGGGUGCGCCGUGCAGUGUCGAACGCGCUGUGGGAUGUUCUUCAUCUGCCACUUGAGCCGGAGGACCCUUUGCUGGACGACGGUCCAUGCUUUGCGGCUUUCCGCAUGGUAGCCACGGCUGCUGAGGAGUCACCGCCUGGGAUCGUCCCUGCCCUCGCGUGUGUGCUCCGGUGGCUCGGGCGGCGGGUGGAGCGGAUGUAG